CUUGUGUGACGUAUAAUUUACUGAACGGGACGCUUCUUCAGGAACAACAACACGGCUACUCUUUCAACCGCCUCGGUAGCUUGCUAGCCAACAUAAAACUGAAAGAUUGAAGCGUUACACCGUGUUAAUGUACAUUAGCUAAUCUCAGUGUUUUAAACACAUUUCUGUUGACUUAUCAACUGAUGACCCUUAACCUAAUUUGCUUGUUCAAUUUGCAAACUUGUUUAAGAUUGAUACUGAGCCUAGCACUAGGCUAGUCGCUAAUGCUAACUAACUAGCUAACAUCCCCGACCAUGAGCUCACUAAACUACUCCUCCCCUGCUAAAGAAGAGGGGGUCUGCUGUAUGGAGAAAGAAGCUCUGGGACUGAACAAUGUCGUGGAAGAUGAGGCUGUUACAGUGAAAGAAGAGGAGGCUGUUACAGUGAAAGAAGAGGAGGCUGUUACAGUGAAAGAAGAGGAGGCUGUAACAGUGAAAGAAGAGGAGGCUGGUAUAGUGAAAGAAGAGGAGGCUGUUACAGUGAAAGAAGAGGAGGCUGUUAUGGUGAAAGAAGAGGAGGCUGUUAUGGUGAAAGAAGAGGAGGCUGUUACAGUGGAAGAAGAGGAGGCUGUUACAGUGAAAGAAGAGGAGGCUGUUACAGUGAAAGAAGAGGAGGCUGUUACAGUGAAAGAAGAGGAGGCUGUUACAGUGAAAGAAGAGGAGGCUGUUAUAGUGAAAGAAGAGGAAGAAACUUUUAGAGAGGAAGAGGAUGCUAUCUCAAUAAAGGUGAAGCAGGAAGACGUUUUGGGAGUGAAAGAGGAGGAGACAGAAUAUCAGAUUACUACCAGAGAGAGACAUGACUAUCUUGGAUACUCUGGGGAGCCUCAACAACAUCCUGAUGCUGACGAGGCAGAGAAGAGUCUCUCCAGAUCAGAACACCAGAUGGACAACGCUAGCCCUUCCUCCCUCCUGGAGUCCCCGUUACGUGCCUCUCCCGGUAGCACCUUACUGCUGGGUAUAAAGAGGUUGUCUGUGCAGCUGGUGGACUGCAGGAAAACAACGGGGCUGAGUGGAACUGUGAGACAAGGAGGAGAGAAGAAAGGAUCAGAUUUGACACAUCAAAGAGAAAGACCAGACUCGGAGGAACCAGAGCCAGGGACGUCCAAACCAACAAGAAGACACCAGUGUUCCCACUGUGGCAAGUGUUUUAACCUGUUAGGGGAUCUGAAAAAACAUGAGAAAAUACACACAGGUGAGAAGCCUUACCACUGCUCCCAGUGUGGAAAGGGUUUCAGCCAGCCGGGGAAUCUGAAACUGCACGAGAGAAUACACACAGGGGAGAAGCCUUACCACUGCUCCCAUUGUGGAAAGAGUUUUAAUGAUUUAGGUAACCUGAAAACUCAUGAGAGAAUACACACAGGGGAGAAGCCUUACCACUGCUCCCAUUGUGGAAAGAGUUUUAAUGAUUUAGGUAACCUGAAAACUCAUGAGAGAAUACACACAGGGGAGAAGCCUUACCACUGCUCCCAGUGUGGAAAGUGUUUCAACCAGUCAGGGGAGCUGAAAAGACACGAGAGAAUGCACACAGGGGAGAAGCCUUACCACUGCUCCCAGUGUGGAAAGUGUUUCAACCAGUCAGGGGAGCUGAAACGACAUGAGAGAAUACACACAGGGGAGAAGCCUUACCACUGCUCCCAGUGUGGGAAGUGUUUCCACCGGUCAGAGGGGCUGAAAAGACAUGACAGAAUACACACAGGGGAGAAGCCUUACCAAUGCUCCCAAUGUGGAAAGAGUUUUAACCAUAAAGGAAACCUGAACCAACACGAGAGAAUACACACAGGGGAGAAGCCUUACCACUGCUCCCAGUGUGGAAAUAGUUUUAACCAGAAAAGCAACCUGAACCACCACAAGAAAAUACACAGAGGGGAGAAGCCUUACCACUCCUCCCAGUGUGGAAAGCGUUUUAACCAUUUCGGGGGGCUGAGAUAAUGAGAUAAUACAUACAGGAGAGAGAAAUUACUUCUCUUAGCGUGUAUAUUGAAAUUUCACAUCUGACUGAUAAUGUGUUUACCUGUUUUUGCCUUAUGAAAUUGCUUCUUCCAAUUAUUGAUAAACCUGUACCUGUUAAAAUACUGACUGUUAGAGCUGUUAAGGCUCCAUGGAUUGAUGAUGAAUUGAACAUCUGUAUGGUUGAAGGAGAUGGGGCAAAAGGAGUGACUAAUAAGUCUGGCUGGCUUACAUACUGCAAAUGGAGAAAUGAUGUGACCAAACUCAACAAAAUAAUAAACUUUAUUAUGAAUCCAAGAUCAAUGAUAUAAAGAAUGAUGGAAACAAACUUGUAAAAAAACAGAAUGAAAGAAAAGCAGUGCAAGUAUUGAAUGUUGUAAAGUUAGUGUGGGAGAGGUGGAAAAAUUGUUAUCGAUCAAUAAUGACAAACCUCCUGGCAUUGACAACUGAGAUGGAAAGCUACUGAGGAUGGUAGCUGACUCUAUAGCCACUCCUAUCUAUCAUAUUUUUAAUAUGAGCCUAGAGGAAAGUCUUUGUCCUCAGGCCUGGAGGGAAGCCAAAGUAAUUCCACUACCCAAGAGUGGUAAAGCGGCCUUUACUGGUUCUAACAGCAGACCUAUGAUCUUGUUGCCUGCUCUUACAUUUACAUUACAUUUAAGUCAUUUAGCAGACGCUCUUAUCCAGAGCGACUUACAAAUUGGUGCAUUCACCUUAUGAUAUCCAGUGGAACAACCACUUUACAAUAGUGCAUCUAACUCUUUUAAGGGGGAGGGGGGGUUAGAAGGAUUACUUUAUCCUAUCCUAGGUAUUCCUUAAAGAGGUGGAGUUUCAGGUGUCUCCGGAAGGUGGUGAUUGACUCCGCUGACCUGGCGUCGUGAGGGAGUUUGUUCCACCAUUGGGGUGCCAGAGCAGCGAACAGUUUUGACUGGGCUGAGCGGGAACUGUACUUCCUCAGAGGUAGGGAGGCGAGCGGGCCAGAGGUGGAUGAACGCAGUGCCCUUGUUUGGGUGUAGGGCCUGAUCAGAGCCUGAAGGUACGGAGGUGCCGUUCCCCUCACAGCUCCGUAGGCAAGCACCAUGGUCUUGUAGCGGAUGCGAGCUUCAACUGGAAGCCAGUGGAGAGAGCGGAGGAGCGGGGUGACGUGAGAGAACUUGGGAAGGUUGAACACCAGACGGGCUGCGGCGUUCUGGAUGAGUUGUAGGGGUUUAAUGGCACAGGCAGGGAGCCCAGCCAACAGCGAGUUGCAGUAAUCCAGACGGGAGAUGACAAGUGCCUGGAUUAGGACCUGCGCCGCUUCCUGUGUGAGGCAGGGUCGUACUCUGCGAAUGUUGUAGAGCAUGAACCUACAGGAACGGGUCACCGCCUUGAUGUUAGUUGAGAACGACAGGGUGUUGUCCAGGAUCACGCCAAGGUUCUUAGCACUCUGGGAGGAGGACACAAUGGAGUUGUCAACCGUGAUGGCGAGAUCAUGGAACGGGCAGUCCUUCCCCGGGAGGAAGAGCAGCUCCAUCUUGCCGAGGUUCAGCUUGAGGUGGUGAUCCGUCAUCCACACUGAUAUGUCUGCCAGACAUGCAGAGAUGCGAUUCGCCACCUGAUUAUCAGAGGGGGGAAAGGAGAAGAUUAAUUGUGUGUCGUCUGCAUAGCAAUGAUAGGAGAGACCAUGUGAGGAUAUGACAGAGCCAAGUGACUUGGUGUAUAGCGAGAAUAGGAGAGGGCCUAGAACAGAGCCCUGGGGGACACCAGUGGUGAGAGCACGUGGUGCGGAGACAGAUUCUCGCCACGCCACCUGGUAGGAGCGACCUGUCAGGUAGGACGCAAUCCAAGCGUGGGCCGCGCCGGAGAUGCCCAGCUCGGAGAGGGUGGAGAGGAGGAUCUGAUGGUUCACAGUAUCAAAGGCAGCCGAUAGGUCUAGAAGGAUGAGAGCAGAGGAGAGAGAGUUAGCUUUAGCAGUGCGGAGCGCCUCCGUGACACAGAGAAGAGCAGUCUCAGUUGAAUGACUAGUCUUGAAACCUGACUGAUUUGGAUCAAGAAGGUCAUUCUGAGAGAGAUAGCAGGAGAGCUGGCCAAGGACGGCACGUUCAAGAGUUUUGGAGAGAAAAAAAAGAAGGGAUACUGGUCUGUAGUUGUUGACAUCGGAGGGAUCGAGUGUAGGUUUUUUCAGAAGGGGUGCAACUCUCGCUCUCUUGAAGACGGAAGGGACGUAGCCAGCGGUCAAGGAUGAGUUGAUGAGCGAGGUGAGGUAAGGGAGAAGGUCUCCGGAAAUGGUCUGGAGAAGAGAGGGGAUAGGGUCAAGCGGGCAGGUUGUUGGGCGGCCGGCCGUCACAAGACGCGAGAUUUCAUCUGGAGAGAGAGGGAAGAAAGAGGUCAAAGCACAGGGUAGGGCAGUGUGAGCAGAACCAGCGGUGUCGUUUGACUUAGCAAACGAGGAUCGGAUGUCGUCGACCUUCUUUUCAAAAUGGUUGACGAAGUCAUCCGCAGAGAGGGAGGAGGAUUCAGGAGGGAGGAGAAGGUGGCAAAGAGCUUCCUAGGGUUAGAGGCAGAUGCUUGGAAUUUAGAGUGGUAGAAAGUGGCUUUAGCAGCAGAGACAGAAGAGGAGAAUGUAGAGAGGAGGGAGUGAAAGGAUGCCAGGUCCGCAGGGAGGCGAGUUUUCCUCCAUUUCCGCUCGGCUGCCCGGAGCCCUGUUCUCUUAGUAAACUGUUGGAAAAAAUUGUGUUUGACCAAAUACAAUGCUAUUUCUCUGUAAACAAAUUAACAACAGACUUUCAGCAUGCUUAUAGAGAAGGACACUCAACAUGUACUGACUGACACAAAUGACUGAUGAUUGGUUGAGAGAAAUUGAUAAUAACAAGAUUGUGGGAGCUGUACUGUUAGAUUUCAGUGCAGCCUUUGAUAUUAUUGACCAUAACCUGUUGUUGAAAAAACGUAUAUGCUGUGGCUUUUCAACCUCUGCCUCUAUCUAGUAGAACUCUGAGGUUUUUAAUGGAAGCUUCUCUAAUGUCAAACAUGUAAAGUGUGGUGUACUGCAGGGCAGCUCUCUAGGCCCUCUACUCUUUUCUAUUUUUACCAAAGACCUGCCACUGGCAUUAAACAAAGCAUGUGUGUCCAUGUAUGCUGAUGAUUCAACCAUAUAAGCAUCAGCAACCACAGCUAAUGAAGUCUCUGAAACCCUUAACAAAGAGUUGCAGUCUGUUUUGGAAUGGGUGGCCAGUAAUAAACUGGUCCUGAACAUCUCUAAAACUAAGAGCAUUGUAUUUGGUACAAAUAAUUCCUUAAGUUCUAGACCUCAGCUGAAUCUGGUAAUGAAUUGUGUGACUGUUGAACAAGUUGAGGAGACUAAAUUACUUGGCAUUACCUUAGAUUGUAAACUGUCAUGGUCAAAACAUAUAGAUUCAAUGGUUGUGAAGAUGGGGAGAGUUCUAGCCAUAAUAAAGACUCUUCCCCUCAUUGCUAUCAUGUCAGACUGGAAGAGAGACUGGAACAUAGUAUCAACAGGAACUCUUAGUUCCCUUUAUCCAUCUGUUAACUAAAAUAUAAUUUCAACACGCAGACAUCUGACUUUGUACAGUUGAACUUUUCAUGCACUUGCAAGGUGUCAACCACGGAUUCUUAAUCUCAAGCUAAAGCAACACAUGAAUCAUUGUACUUUUGUCAUCACAGGUGUUCCUAUAAUGUACAGAUAUCAUCCAAGGUCUUACAAGUCAAUUUACACACAGCUCUGACACACACACUUAUCCCACCAGACAUGCCACCGGGGGUCUUUUCACAGUCCCCAAGUUUCCAGAACAAAUUCAAGAAAGCGUACAGUAUUAUAUAGGACCCUUAUUGCAUGGAACUUCCUUCCAUCUCAUAUUGCUCAAAUAAACAGCAAACCUGGUUUCAAAAAACAGAUCAAGCAACACCUCACGGCACAACCCCUCUCCCCAAUUUGACCUAGAUAGUUUGUGUGUAUGCAUUGAUAUGUAGGCUACGUGUGCCUUUUACAAAAUGUAUGUAGUUCUGUCCUUGAGCUGUUCUUGUCUAUUGAUGUGCUGUAUUAUGUGUCAUGUUUUGUGUGGACCCCAGGAAGAGUAGCUGCUGCUUUUGCAACAGCUAAUGGGGAUCCUAAUAAAAUACCAAACUCUGUUAUUCUCUCUGAGCUCAGAAAUAAAGAAUCUUGGUUUGA